CUCCGCGGAAGUGGGAGCGGGUACCUGUCAAAUUCAGAGGGACAGUCUGCAGUCUCUGGUCAUGGUCAUCCCUGUACUGUCUGCAGUCUCUGGUCAUCCCUGUACUGUCUGAAGUCUCUGGUCAUCCCCUGUACUGUCUGCAGUCUCUGGUCAUCCCCUGUACUGUCUGCAGUCUCUGGUCAUCCCCUGUACUGUCUGCAGUCUCUGGUCAUCCCCUGUACUGUCUGCAGUCUCUGGUCAUUCCCUGUACUGUGUCCACAGUCUCUGGUCAUUCCCUGUACUGUGUCCGCAGUCUCUGGUCAUCUCCUGUACUGUGUCUGCAGUCUCUGGUCAUCUCCUGUACUAUGUCCGCAGUCUCUGGUCAUUCCCUGUACUGUGUCCGCAGUCUCUGGUCAUUCCCUGUACUGUGUCCACAGUCUCUGGUCAUUCUCUGUACUAUGUCCGCAGUCUCUGGUCAUUCCCUGUACUAUGUAUGUACGUAGUCUCUGGUCAUCUCCUGUACUGUGUCCGCAGUCUCUGGUCAUCUCUUGUACUAUGUCCACAGUCUCUGGUCAUCUCCUG